AUGAAAUUUGCGUUUCUUUUUUCUCAAAUCUAUGUCGAUUUCCGUGUACCAGAAUUAAGAGGAAUUUGCGAUGCUCUUGAGUUGGAUUUCGACUAUACGCAAGUGAAUGCUGAGCAGCAUAUAUUUAUUGUUGAAAUGGCAAGCGAGAAUGAUGUGCACAAGCUUCUUUCUCGUUCACUCUUGCUGAAGUCCGCCUACACUUUUAUGUACGUUGCGGAUUCGUACAAUGCUUUACGUGAAGAAAUCGAACUUCAUAAAGCAGAUUUUGAGAAGUUUGAUGAUUUGGAGCAGUCGUUUUGCGUGAAGGUCCAGCCAACGGGACGCAAAAAAGGCAUCAAUUGUCUGAAAACUGCAGAAGAAAUUGCUGCUAUAUUACCCUUAGACAGAGCCCCUGUGGAUUUGGUGAAUCCAUACAAUACGUUUACAGUCUUGGAGGAAUAUCUGGAUGUGAAAUCGGAACCUAGUCGACUAGUGUUUUGCAGGCUAGUAGGUCACGGUCAAUACAAAUUAAAGUCUUGGUAUGAUAUUAAGAAGAGGAGAUACAUUGGCAAUACCACUAUGGAUCCAGAGCUGGCUUUUAUCCAGAGCAACAUAUCUUCUGUCAAGGAUGGCGACUUGGUUUUGGACCCAUUUAUGGGCACAGGAGGGCUGCUUUUGCCAGCUGCCCAUUUUGGAGCAUAUGUGAUCGGCACCGAAAUCAACUACCGAGUUGCCAAGGCCCAGGGAAAAUCCUCCCGCCACGAUGUCAUAAUGCGUUCAGAAAUGGAGAGCGUGUUAGCAAAUUUUGAGCAGUAUGGCAUACAACGCUAUUAUCUGUGUGGUUUGCUUGCUGACGCUAGCUGGCACGAUAUAUGGGAGAGGCCACUUUUCAACGUAAUAGUCACGGACCCACCGUAUGGGAUUCGUGAGAAGGGGCGAAAGGUCGGUAAAAAGCCGAGGAAAGAACAAUGGACUUUGCCAGAUACGCAGCACGAGUGCCAUUAUCCUGAGAAGACUCUUUACUCGCUAGAGAACACUUUCACGGAUGUCUGUAAUUUAGCAGCGAAAAUUCUACUCGUUGGAGGGAAGCUGUCGUUUUGGUUCCCAGUUGUUCUUGAAAGUUACUCGGAAGCCUGCCUACCUUUUCAUCCAGCGCUCGAACUUCUGGCUAACUGUGAGCAGCGACUGUCCUCCAAAACGAGCAGACGUUUGUUGGUAUACCGAAAAAUUCGUGAACCUAACGUAAAUGAAGUAGCAUGGUAUCCUGCUAACCAUUAUGAAAACGGAACUUUUCGAGAUGUCACAUUCUCACAAAAACGGAUAUCAUGA